AUGUCGCAGUAUCGAGCCUACGACAAGGACGAUGGCGUCCCUGUCAUCGAGGCCACGGGCCACGGCGGAUUCGGAGGCGGCUACGGGGACGACUCGAACUCGACGGAUGCCGACUUCUCCGCCUUUGACCCGCACAGCGGCGUCAAGCGAGGCCUGAAGACGCGGCACCUCAGCAUGAUGGCGCUGGCGGGCAUCAUCGGCCCGGGCCUCCUGAUCGGCGCGGGCGGCGCCCUCUCCAACGGCGGCCCGGCGGCCCUGCUCAUCGGGUUCGGCGUCAUCGGCAUCAUCGCCUUCAGCAUCAUGCAGAGCCUCGGCGAGCUCACGACGCUGUAUCCCACGGGCGGCGCCUUCACGGGCCUGGCGGACCGCUUCGUCGACAAGGGGUUCGGCGUCGCGCUCGGGUGGAACUACUUCAUCAUCUGGAUGUGCGUCCUGGCCAACGAGUACAACGUGCUGUCCAGCAUCUUUGUCUUUUGGAGUGACAAAGUGCCCUUGUGGGGAUACUUUUUGAUCUUCUGGACUCUCUUCCUAGGGUUCCAACUCCUUGGCAUCGAGGCUUUUGGAGAGGCCGAAUUCUGGCUGGCGCUGAUGAAGCUCAUCGGCUUGGUCGCCUACUUUCUUUUCUCCAUCGUCUACGCCGCUGGAGGGAUUCCCGGCCAGGACGCCCUCGGGUUCCGAUAUUGGCGGGACCCCGGCGCCUUCACCGACGGCUUCCGCGGCGUCGCCAAGGUGUUCGUCUUCUGCUCGACCUUUUACGCCGGCGUCGAGUCCGUCGCCGUGGCGGCCACCGAGACCAAGAACCCGCGCGUCGCGGUGCCGCUCGCCAUCCGGCAGGUCUUCUGGCGCAUCAUCUUCAUCUACAUGGGCUCGGCCUUCUUCUUCGGCCUCACCUGCCCGGCCAACGCCGACGAGCUCGUCAACGGCGGGUCGCGCGCCGUCAAGAGCCCCAUGACGGUCGCCAUCCAGAACGCCGGCUGGGAGGGCGGCGUGCACCUCAUCAACGCCUUCAUCUUCGUCACCUGCCUGAGCGCCUGCAACUCGUCCAUCUUCAUCGGCUCCCGCACCCUCCUGUACAUGGGCCAGGACGGGAAAGCGCCCAGGAUCCUGGGCAGGACGGACGGCCGCGGGGUGCCGAUCCCGGCCAUCGUCUUCACCAACCUCUGCGGCGCCCUGUCCAUGAUGAACAUCAGCACCGGCGCGAGCAAGGCCUACUCGUACAUCGUCAACCUCAGCGGCGUCUCGACCUUCCUCGUCUGGGGCUCCAUCUCCUUCAUCCACAUCCGCUUCCGCCAGGCGUGGAAGGCCCAGGGGCACGCCGAAAGCUCGCUGCCGUUCGUGUCGCUGUGGUACCCCUGGAACGCCUACUUCGGCCUGGCGGCCAACAUCUUCCUGGCCAUCGUCCAGGGCUGGACGACGCUGUCGCCCUUCGACGCCGGGUCGUUUGUCGACGCCUACAUCCUGCUGCCCCUGUUCCCCCUGAUCUGGUUCGGCUACAAGUUCUGGUUCAAGACGCACUUCUGGCGGACGAGCGAGAUCGACCUGCUCUCCGGUCGGCGGAGAGACCUGGACGAGUCCCGGGAGAUCGAGACGGGCGAACAUGAUUUGGACAGGCUCCCAUGGUGGAGGCGGCUGCUGAAAAGCUUCUAG